AUGAAAGUCAACAAAGAUUCAAUCAGUUAUUGUCUCAGUACCGUUUCCCCAAACGGUCCAAACGGUCUAACUUUCCCUGAAUCACGUUUUUGUGUACAUCGUGGAUUUGUUAAUGAAAGACGUAAAGCAGACGAUGCUAGUUCUAAUCCUGAUAAACCGGAACAAACUGGAAAUGCUAUGAUGUUUUGUACUGAUAUUCGAAGUCCUAAAAUUAAUCAAUUGGUGGAUCGAACAGAAGAAGUUCAAAAUGGUCGAUCGGCUUCUGUUUGUUGGUGGUUUGCGGAUUCGGGCGAGCAGUACCGUAUACGCGCCUUAACCUACGUGUUACCACCUCCAUCUCUAGAAUCAGAGUUUCCGCGAUUCAUGCCAUCAGGUAAAAAAUUAAAUCCAUCAAAUUUAGAAUCGAUAGAAUUUGAUUGGGAAUCAGAAAGAAAACGAAUCUUUGAAAAAGUUUCACCUGAAUUACAAGCUAGUUUUCUAAGAUCUAUACCAGGUGAAAGAUUAGAAAAUGUAUCAAAAGAUCAAUUACCUAAAACUUAUUGGCCUACAAAAAUUACUACUGAUGAGGAAAAAUCAAAGGCUUUGAGUCGGUUUGCUUUGGUGAUACUUGAUCCUAUUUCCAUUGAUUUGUGA